GGGGAACGGCGUGCGCCGCGCCCCGGGGGGGAAUCCUCUGCCGCGUGUGCUGCGGCCCUCCCGCGCACCAGGCCGUGCCAGGAAGGCAUUGAAGAGUGUGGGACCUGCGGUCUUGUCGGCCGUCCCCUGGCCUUGUGGCGUGAGCCUUCGAGAGCCGCAGUUUCUCCCCCUCACACGGGGAUGGCAAUAGUGCCUUCCCGGUGGUGUCGCAAGUGUAAAUGUAAUGCUUGACUCCAGGAAGCGCUCCGGGAGUAUUAGCUAUCAUCACUAUCCCGGUGGAAAGACGGUCGAGCGCAGGGCAGAGAAGAGCAGGCUCCUGAUUUGGUCUCUCGGGUGAAAGAAUUCCAGGUGGAAGAAGGCCCAUAUCCUUUUCUGUGACGGCUUCAAGCGUCUUUGGAGGUGGAGGAAACAGUGAGAAGGGGAAGCCUUCCCUGCUGGACAUAGCCGAGCUGCUUCGGGCCAGAGCCUGCCAGAGAGUGGUUGUCAUGGUGGGGGCCGGCAUCAGCACCCCCAGCGGCAUCCCGGACUUCAGAUCUCCAGGGAGCGGCCUCUACAGCAACCUCCAGCAGUAUGACAUCCCUUACCCUGAGGCCAUUUUUGAACUGACGUUUUUCUUUCACAACCCCAAGCCAUUUUUCGCCUUGGCUAAGGAGCUGUGCCCUGGGCACUGCAGGCCCAACCUCACUCACUACUUCCUCCGGCUGCUGCACGACAAGGGGCUGCUUCUGCGACUCUACACACAGAACAUUGACGGCCUUGAGAGAGCAUCUGGCAUCCCCGCCUCAAAGCUGGUUGAAGCUCAUGGAACCUUUGCCUCUGCCACCUGCACCAUCUGUCGAAGGCCCUUCCCCGGGGAGGACUUCUGGGCAGAGGUGAUGGCAGACAGGGUCGCCCGCUGCCCGGACUGUGCUGGCGUCGUGAAGCCCGACAUCGUUUUCUUCGGGGAGCCGCUGCCCCCGAGGUUCCUGCUGCACGUGGCUGAUUUCCCCAUGGCGGAUCUGCUGCUCAUCCUUGGGACCUCCCUGGAGGUGGAGCCUUUUGCCAGCUUGUCUGAGGCCGUGAGGAGCUCAGUGCCGCGACUGCUCAUCAACCGAGACUUGGUGGGGCCCUUGGCCUGGCGUCCACGCAGCAGGGAUGUGGCUCAGCUGGGGGACGUGGUUCACGGCGUGGAAAGGCUGGUGGAGCUUCUAGGCUGGACGGAAGAGUUGCGGGAUCUUAUGCAGCGGGAGACCGGGAAGCUCCACAGACGGGACAAAUAGGAGGGCGAUGGCUGCACCCACACGAGAGAUGGUGACACAGACGUCCCCACCCCAUUUCUGAUAACUCAUGCCUGACGACAGCUCGGGCAGGUGUACAGAUUUUGGCUGCCAAACCAGGACACGCGGACUGAGGUGGAGUGGACGUCUGGGGCUGCUGCCAGGAUAUGUCCCCGCCCUGCAAGCUCUGUGCUGGCGGGGAGGGUGUUGGCACUCACUGCCACACGGCUACAGUGGAGCUGCCUGUCUGCCGUGUUCAGUUCCUCACUCUGCUGUAGCUCCUGGUGCAAGAAGCUUUCUUCUCGCAGCGACCCCUCUUGGGCUGAAACAGACCGAGUGGCCUCUGCCUUCGCCGUGCCCGGGGCGCUGUGUGAAGGGCGGGCUCGGCCUUCCCUGUGGUUAGACCUGGGCUCGUACCUCUGCGCCCUAGUGAUGCCCCGGGGUCUCCCGGCAUGCUGGUCUCUUUCGGUGUGGUUAUCUUUUAGUAGAUAUUCCUGGCAUGAAUGUGGAAAGGGGACCUUGGGGUACAUGGGUGUCCCCCACUAUUGGAAGAGUCUGAGGACUGAGGACAUUUGUCCCUGGGUUUACCUUGGAGGUGGCAGCACCUUCUCUUCCGUCCCAGCUGCCCUCUCUGAAGGGUAUCACACCCUUGACUCUACCCUAUUCAGUCUCUCCUUGGGAAACCAGUAUGUUCCAGAAUAUUCCAGGACUUCCUAGCCUGUCUCCUGUCCUCACACUGUCACUCACCAACCAGGGCUUCCUGCAGUGAUGCUGCUAGAAUGAAUCUCUCAGACGCAGAAGCGUCACUCACCUAAGACCUAGCCUGCUCCCAGCAGCCUGUCGGGCUCCCUUGACCCAAGUUCAGGCCACACUGUGAUGCCGGGACAGAACCUUCCCUCCUUCCUGGGGUGGGACCACGGCCCAGCUCCGACACCGGCCCAUGUGGGCACGUCAGGUCGGCUUCGUUGUGUCCCGGGCAAUGGCACCUCCUGUCCCUGAACCUGGCCUGGGCUGGGCUGGAGCUGACAGGAAGAGAUUUAACCGUUAGAGUCCGUGGAAAGGGAUCCCAUGACCUUGGCCUUCAGUGAGUCGUGAUCAACAGAUUGAAUUCUACAAAGAACAAAAUUAGUUUCUAUUCUA